AUGAAUUGUACAAAUACGAUAAAAAGAAAACGAACGAAAUUAGAAUGUUUGGCAUGGGGAACAUGUUGGAGCCCCAGAAAAUCGUUGGUGACAUUUGAACCAAUGAUUACUUUGUUUAAAAUGCCAUGGAAACAAAUUUGUUCAACAGAAAAUGUAAAAAAAGUAAUCGAACUAUUUCCACCGGGAUGCAAAGAUUUUAAAAUGAAUGACUAUGAUGGAGUGAUUGCCAAAUUGAAAGUUUUAGAUCACCAGUGUAACGUGAAAAAAUUGGAUAGCUUGACAAAAAUAUUUGAAUUAUCUGAAGAUUGUAAAACUUGUUUGCCAACUGCAAACAAGCUAUGCAGGCUAGGACUUACAGCUCCCGUAAGUACUGCUUCAAACGAACGCGCUUUCAGUAAACUGAAAAUCGUUAAAAACUAUUUACGAUCGAUUAUGGGAGCAGAUCGUCUCCAACAUUUAAUGUUACUUUAUAGUAACAAAGAUAUUUUGGAUUGUAUAGACUUAAAAAGUUCAGUGAAAUCAUGGUCACUAUUAAAGGAAAGAAGGAUUAAAAUUUAA